UAUAUAUAUAUAUAUAUAUAUAUAUAUAUAUAUAUUAUUGUUCCCUUGCGUUCCUAGUGGAACAUAGGGCUUCAGCUACACGUCUCCACUUGCUUCCCUGUUCUGCUGUACUUUUCACCUGUAUCCACCCAUGUUAGUCCAUAUUGUUUCAACUCCUCCAACUAACACGAUCUCCUCCUCCAUGUCACCCUUGCACUGACGACCCACUCGCCGCUUCCCAUUCUGUCGGGUUACACUCGAGAAAUGGCCUGACGCGCGCGCGAUGUCAUUCAGCGACCCUCCUCAGAGAGUGUCCAAUCCAUCUCCAUUUUCUCCUGCAUAUUUGCUGCUGUUGGGCGAUUGGUUCUUGUUUUGUUUCUUCCCAGCCAUAGUUUCUUGUUGGUGUUUCUUUCCGGCCCGGCCAUCUGAUCUUCAGUAUAGAGCCAGUGAAGACAGUUGUUGGUUGAUAAAGGUCUGCAACCGGCUGUUGGAAAUACCUGUUCUUUGUGACCCACGCGCUUACCGAGUUUCUGAUCCGUAUAGAAGAACUAACUUGACGUUUGUAUUGAUGCUGAGUGACGAAGAUUUCCAGAUUGGUUUCAGGUUGAUGAAUGUGUUUCUCGCUCGAUUUGACAUCCUCGUCUGUUCCGACUUCCUGUAGUUGAGACAAUGCUCCCUAGAUAAGUGAGUGAAUGAAGUAACCUCUUUCAAAUCCCUCCCAUUGAUGGUGAUUGGCACUGGAUGUUGCUGUUGUUGUUGGUUGGUUGGUUAUUUUCAUAACAUCCUGGUGAUUGCUUCCAAUCAAUUAGAACUGAUUCGAUGUAGAUACUCUUGAUGACGAGUUAGUUAGUUUGUUUGUUUAGUCACCUAGCGUGAUAAUACCUUAGAAUUCGAGGUGAGUAAUAUGAA